CGGGAUCCGGGUCGAGCCUCCGCCGCGGGGUGCGCAGACCGCUGGCGGCAGCUGGCUGGCGCAUGUUGGGGUGCUUGACACGACGGCACUGGCCGCGGAGGCUGCGGCGCGGCCGAGGGGCGUUGCUGGCUGUGCUGGCCCUGCUGGCGCUGGCCGGGCUAGGCGCGGUGCUGCGGACUCGGCGUGGGGCCGGGGCCGCUCGGCAGGGACCCCAGCUCACUCGGCGACCCGGGCGCCUGGAGCCAGUGCUGCCGCGGCCGCCGGUCCCCCCGGACGCGCUAGGCGCGCAGGGCGAGGCGGUGAGGCUGCAGCUGCAGGGCGAGGAGCUUCGGCUGCAGGAGGAGAGCGUGCGGCUGCACCAGAUCAAUAUCUACCUCAGCGACCGCAUCUCGCUGCACCGCCGCCUGCCCGAGCGCUGGAACCCGCUGUGCAAAGAGAAGAAAUAUGAUUAUGAAAAUUUGCCCACAACAUCUGUUAUCAUAGCAUUUUACAAUGAAGCCUGGUCAACACUCCUUCGCACGGUUUACAGUGUCCUUGAGACGUCCCCAGACAUCCUGGUGGAAGAAGUUAUCCUGGUAGAUGACUACAGUGACAAAGAACACCUGAAGGAGCGCUUGGCCAACGAGCUUUCAGGCCUGCCCAAGGUGCGCCUGAUCCGCGCCAGCAAGAGGGAAGGCCUGGUGCGAGCCCGGCUGCUGGGGGCUUCCGUGGCCAGGGGCAACGUGCUGACUUUCCUAGACUGUCAUUGUGAGUGCCACGAGGGGUGGCUGGAGCCACUGCUGCAGAGGAUCCACGAGGAGGAGUCGGCAGUGGUGUGCCCGGUGAUCGAUGUCAUCGACUGGAACACCUUUGAGUACUUGGGCAACGCUGGGGAGCCCCAGAUCGGCGGCUUCGACUGGCGGCUGGUGUUCACGUGGCACGUGGUCCCCGAGCGGGACAGGCUGCGGAUGAAGUCCCCCAUCGAUGUCAUCAGGUCGCCAACGAUGGCUGGUGGGCUAUUUGCUGUGAGUAAGAAAUAUUUUGAGUAUCUGGGGUCUUAUGAUACAGGAAUGGAAGUUUGGGGAGGAGAAAACCUCGAAUUCUCCUUUAGGAUCUGGCAGUGUGGUGGGACUUUGGAAAUACACCCGUGUUCCCACGUUGGCCACGUUUUCCCCAAGCAAGCGCCCUACUCCCGCAGCAAGGCCCUGGCCAACAGCGUUCGUGCAGCUGAAGUGUGGAUGGAUGAGUUCAAAGAGCUCUAUUACCACCGCAACCCCCGGGCGCGCCUGGAGCCCUACGGGGACGUGACAGAGAGGAGGGAGCUCCGGGCCAAGCUCCGCUGCAGGGACUUCCGGUGGUUCCUGGAGAACGUGUAUCCAGAGCUGCACGUGCCCGAGGACAGACCUGGCUUCUUUGGGAUGCUCCAGAACAAAGGGAUGAAGGAAUACUGCUUUGACUACAACCCUCCUGAUGAAAAUCAAGUCUGGGGACACCAGGUCAUUCUCUACAACUGCCACGGGAUGGGCCAGAACCAGUUUUUCGAGUACACGUCCCAGAAGGAGAUCCGCUAUAACACCCGCCAGCCCGAGGCCUGCAUAGCUGUGGAAGCGGGGUCAGACACUCUCAUCAUGCAUCUGUGUGGAGACACCACCCCGGAGGAUCAGAAGUUCCUCCUGCAGGAGGAUGGUUCUUUAUUUCAUGAACAGUCCAAGAAGUGUGUCCAGGCUGUGAAGAAGCCAGCCAGCCAGGGUUUUGUCCCGCUCUUACGAGACUGCGCUGACUCAGAUCAUCAGAAAUGGUUCUUCAAGGAACACAUGGUGUAGAGCCUCGCUGUGUGGAGGAGCCGUGCAGAGGAGCCUUCCGGAGCCCAUGGUCUUUGUGCCCAGCAGACCCUUCACAAGCGCAGGGCCCAGAGCCCUCCUCAGACUUGGCCGCUCCAUUUUUAUAAGGAAGCCAUCCUGCCUUUUGUGAACAUCUUGUUGCAUUUUAUAAAAAAAAAAAAAUAUGAAUGCACUUUGUACUGAUCUUGAAAUUAAAAAUGUUCCAAAAUACCCUAUUUUCUGAGGGUAACCAUAAGAUGUUAACUCUUGAUAUUUGGAAAAUUGAAACCUUAUAAUAUUUUUUUUAUCAAGAUGUAUAUUCUACAACUGUAGGUUUUAUUCUCACCAGCAAAUACUCCUUUUUGGUACAAGGGUUCCCAGGUGUGAAGAUGCUUACAGUGUAUUUUGCACAAACUGAUAAUACCUCAAAUAUUGGGCUGGAGUUUUUUCAGUGUGGCAUGACGGACACUAGGAACACUGCAUUCAUUCCUUCAGGCCAUUAAAAUUUAUUUAAUAGGGGCUGGGGAUUUAGCUCAGCGGCAUAAGCACCUGCCUUGUAAAGCAGGCAGUCAUGAGUUUGAUCCCUGGUACCAAUAAAAAGGAAAAAGACAAAAAAAUUUUUUUUAUUUAAUAAAGAAUCCAUCUUUUUAGCUGGCUGUAGUGAGUACGCCUGUACUCCCAGCACUCUGAGUACAGAGGCAGGAGGAUUGUGAGUUCAAGGCCAGCCUGGAACAUAGUGAGAUUGUGACAAAUAAACAAAAAAUAAGGAUGCAUUUUGCUUUUGUGUUGGUGUUACUAUCAUAGGCAAACUUUAAUAAUAUUCAUAUUGGCCAAAGGAAACUAACCAAAGUGAUACCACAGUUUGACCAAGAUGACACCAGUCUGAUAGGGGCUUCUAACAGCACCUAGUGGGAGGUGGCUGGUUGCUUCUAGGAAUGAGCCUUAUAACUUUCAGAAGUGUUUUGCCAUGUAGAAAUGUCACGGAGAAAUGUAAUUUUUAAUGUGAAAUUCAGUUUUUAAAUUUGUUCCUUAAUACUUGGUUAAUUCUUUAAUGUUGGAUUUUAUGGUGCAGCAGCUGGUAUGGAAGUUUCUCUCGGUAAUUCCGAUUUCAGAAUGAUUCCAAAUCAACUCAGAUCUUGUUAACCGAAUAAUUAAAAUGAUUUAAAAAAGAA